AUGCUCAAUAAAGCUUUACGUAAACAAACAAUUGAUACACUUUAUGCUAUGCGUGUAUUCAUUCGACAUCUUCAUGAACAACUCGACGAACUCGGUGCUAAAUCACGUAUUAGCUCUAAAACAACGCUCUAUCGAGGACAAGCUAUGGCAAAUCAUGAGUUUGAAGAAUUACAGACAAAUCGAGGUAAUUUACUGUGUAUCAACAAUUUUCUCUCGUCGAGUGAGAAGCAUAAAGUUGCAUUGCUCUUCGCCCAAAAAGCUUUUGGUGACCCAAAAAAGACUCCAGUGAUCUGGGUGAUCGAAGUUGACCCAGCGAUAAAAAGCAACAUCCCAUUUGCUAACAUUGAACAAUACAGUAACUUUAAUGAAGAAAAGGAAUGGCUCUUCUCGACGGGUACGGUCUUUCGAAUUGGCCCAACGCUACUGAGCAGCGAUGGAAUAUGGUACAUUUACCUUCGGCUAACAAACGACACUGAUCCUCAGCUAAAUAGUCUCACUCAACACUUGAAUAAUACCACUCGAUCUCGGAAUUCAUUGAUCGAAUUGGGUAAAUUGAUGUGGGAGAUGGGCGACUACGAACGGAACGAACAAUUCUAUAUGAAAGCUCUGGAAAUAGAGAGUGAUUGGAGAUGUCGUUCGGGAAUAUUGAAUCGUCUAGGAAUGAUAUGCUGCAAAAGAAAUGAACUCGAAAAAGCUCUUGAUUAUUAUCAGCAAGCACUCAAUAUCGAUCGACAACAUGUUUCAGAAGAUGAUUCUUCGCUGAGUCCGAUCUAUAACAACCUUGGAUCACUAUAUCAAGAUCAAGGAAUGCUCAAAAUGGCUGAGGAAUAUUUUCAACGUGCUCUCAAGAUAGAUUUAGCCUCAACGCAUCCUAAAAAAGAAUGGAUUGCUACAAGCUACAACAAUAUUGCAGGCGUGCUUGCUGCUCAAGGCCAAUAUGCGGACGCAUUGUUGUGGCAUCACCGUUCACUUAAAAUUCGAGUUCAAAUAUUUCCAUCAACGCAUUCCAUGAUUGCUCUAUCCUACAACAAUAUUGCCAUAGUUCUUACGCGCUUGGGUCGUUUUACAGACGCACACAAAUAUUCUCAGAAAGCGGUUAAUAUAGCUUCGCAAUUACUUCUGACAACACAUCCAGACAGAAAACUCUAUGAGGAAAAUCUCCACUUUAUUCGACGAGUUAUUCAAUGAUACACGUAAUUUGCGCUUCUGGGCACAAGAAAGGCAUUGAACUCUUAUUCAAUUAUUUCGGUUUCUACUAUAUAUGCUUUUUUAAAGAUUUUGGUAUUUUGUCCUAAUAUCGUCAGCUGUGAUCUUAAAGCAAGCGCCUCCUGAAUAAAUACAAACGACUUCAAGGGUUGCAACUGCAUAGGGGUAUCCAAAAGUAGUGGCAACGACAUUUUAGUACCAUAUAUUAAGCCUGAUAAAAGUUUCUUUUUACAUAGGAUGAUAGAGAAAAAAAUAGGUGUGGG